GUCUGGAGGUAACGGAGGAUUACCAUAAAGGAAACUGUGGACUAUAAUCUUCAAACCGUUCUUUACCUCAACAACUGUAGACCCGCACAGUGAUGUCUGAUGGAGCGCUUUACCGUGGCAUAUUUGUGAUCAGUGAUAAUGGAAACUUCAGCUCUCUCUGCCCGAAUGGGUCCAAGUGGGUUUGGGACGUUGGGGAAUGUGCCCAGGAUGCUAGAGAUAUGGCCAGUGUGAUUCUCGGCCUGCUGUCAAUAGUUUGCUUCAUGGUAUCCUCAAUACCGCAGUACUACAAUUCCUGCAGGACCGGGAAUAUGGACCGCGCUCUGUCUAUUUGGUUUCUUUUAUUAUGGCUGGGAGGUGACUCAUGCAAUUUUAUUGGGUCGUUCUUGGCUGAUCAACUUCCAUUACAGAUAUACACUGCAGUGUACUACGUGUUGGCAGACAUGCUAAUGUUGUCAAUGUACUUCUACUACAAACUAAGGAAUAGGGACCGAGACAGUGCGUUGCUGAAUGCAGUCAGCAUACUGUGUCUUCUGGGAAUUUCAUCUUCGCUCCUCAGUCUCCCUCACUUAUCCCUAGAGGAUCAGAUGCCCGCAGGGUUUAAGGGUCGAGUGUUGCUGGCAUUGGAGGAUAAAAACGGUUCGGUGCAGCCCUUUAAUACAAAAGAGAUUAUAGGCUUUUGCAUUGGCUCCCUGUCCUCAGUACUGUAUCUAUGCUCCAGACUGCCACAGAUGUACACUAAUUUUUGUCGGAAGUCAACAGAGGGCGUGUCUUUUUUCUUGUUUGCCCUUGUGAUUCUGGGAAACACUACAUAUGGCAUAAGCGUGAUACUGAAGAACCCAGACCGAGGGCAGGGAGAGACCAGCUACAUUGUGCACCAUCUCCCCUGGCUCAUCGGAAGUCUAGGAACACUCUCACUUGACCUUUUAAUAACCAUACAGUUUGUGAUGUACAGCAAAUCUUCUCGCAAUUCAACGGGUACAAAUGAAGAGACUGCCGCCCUUCUUCACAGCUGAAAAACUCCCAUUCAAGCUUUUAUUGGUCAAGAUGCUGGAAGUGCCUCGUGCUUUUGCGCAUCAGAGUGCAUCACAUUCCCAAGAAUCCAUCCUUCACGAUUUUACAUAAUUUUAUUGGUCAAGAUGCUGGAAGUGCCUCGUGCUUUUGCGCAUCAGAGUGCAUCACAUUCCCAAGAAUCCAUCCUUCACGAUUGAAAGACAAGAACAUAAAACCCGAUUUUAUUUAUUUACAUUUUUUAAUCAACAAUUCAAGUUUCUUGUCUGAUGGAAAAUAGUGAACAUUCGUGAUUAGUUAAAAUGUUUGGCACCAAAUGGACUCCGCCACAACAGUCUUGUGAACUUUGUACUGUAAGUUCAAAAUUCAUAGAGGCACCUUUUAAACAAAGCAUUAAAUAACAUUGUGUUUUAUAUACAGUCGAACAAUUGAUCGAUUCAACAAUAAGUGUUGAAUUCCUCAAGUUAUUUUUUUAUUUGUAUAGUGUUUUUAACAACACAUCAUUUUAAAGCAGCUGUACAGGAAAUUAUGCAUUAACAGAAAAUGAAACUUUCAUUGUGUAGUUUGAUUAAAUUGUGUAUAAAAUUAAAUCAUUAAAUCAUAAUUGUAUUUAAAAUCCCAGUGAGCAAGCCCAAGGAGACUGUGUCAGUGUUAAGGGCCGGUGUUUAUACAGAGAUUUUUUAAGAACUGAAAGAUUAAUGACUAAUGUCUCUGAAGUUCAGUCUAAAUUAACUGCAGAAGUUCACAUUGAUGCAUUGCCAUUUGUUAGUUGGCCGAUGAAGGCUUUGAAAGUCAGUUUAUUAAAUUUUAAGAGUGUAGUCCAUCAUUAGACCAGAGUGAUGCAGGCAGAGAUCAGUGAGGUGCAUCGCAGUUCAACCAGCAGGUCAUUUUGGUGAGAUCUAUCCUAAGUCCAAGGUUCAGGCAGUGGCGUAUGAAGUAUCCCGUGUCUUAUGGUUGGAGUUGGCAUUGGUUUAUCCCCUGAAGCCGUGUUAGUGGCACGUCUUUGACAAUAUUGACUGUGAAAGGACUGUAAAAAAAUAUGUUGCCUUCACCUUGAUUUCUGUAAUGUUUUUUUUAAAUGCUGUUUUCAAUCCUUGAUGUAAUCUGUUGUUGAAAUGUUGAAUAUAUAUAUAUAUAUAUAUAUAUAUAUAUAUAUAUAUAUAUAUAUAUAUAUAUCUCUUUAUUGUGUGGGAUUUUGGCAUCAAGUUGAAUUCGCACUGCACCUGUCAGUCAGUUGUGACAUCUUUUAUUGAUGUUUUUAAAGUCUUAUUUGACUUUGUGCCUGUUUUUUGUGAUAUCACUGCACAACACUCACUAAAGAUUUUUUUUUCUUGGCCAAACAUGUUUAAACUUUGUG